UCCAAAUCGAGAGAGAGGGAUAGAGAGAGAGAGAGAGAGAGAGAGAGAGAGGGUUUCCGUCCGGAGCAGCGGAGCGGAGCAAAGCAAAGCAACCAUCAGAAAUGGCUUCAUCUUCUGCGUCCGGCGGCGGCGGCGGCUACGACAUGCCUUGGGUGGAGAAGUACAGACCCAGCAAGGUCGUCGACAUCGUCGGCAACGAAGACGCCGUCUCGAGGCUCCAAGUCAUCGCUCGCGACGGCAACAUGCCGAAUCUCAUACUAUCCGGUCCUCCUGGAACGGGGAAGACGACGAGUAUACUGGCCCUUGCGCAUGAACUUUUGGGACCAAAUUAUAGGGAGGGAGUUUUAGAACUGAAUGCGUCGGAUGACAGGGGAAUAGAUGUUGUGAGGAACAAAAUCAAAAUGUUUGCCCAGAAGAAAGUAACUCUUCCACCUGGACGGCACAAAAUUGUGAUUUUGGAUGAAGCGGACAGUAUGACUUCUGGAGCACAACAGGCUUUGAGGCGUACUAUGGAAAUAUAUUCAAAUUCCACUCGCUUUGCCCUUGCUUGCAAUACAUCCUCUAAGAUUAUCGAGCCUAUCCAGAGUAGAUGUGCCCUCGUUCGAUUUUCAAGACUGUCUGACCAAGAGAUACUUGGGCGUCUAAUGGUGGUUUUGGAAGCAGAAAAGGUACCUUAUGUCCCUGAAGGCCUUGAAGCUAUCAUUUUCACUGCUGAUGGUGACAUGAGGCAGGCCCUAAACAAUUUGCAAGCUACCUACAGUGGGUUCCGGUUUGUAAACCAAGAGAAUGUUUUCAAGGUCUGCGACCAACCGCAUCCGCUGCAUGUCAAGAAUAUGGUUCGUCAGGUACUGGAGGGGAAGUUCGAUGAUGCUUGUGCUGGUUUGAAGCAGCUUUAUGAUCUCGGCUAUUCUCCCACUGACAUAAUCACAACCCUUUUCCGUAUCAUUAAAAACUACGAUAUGGCUGAGUAUCUAAAAUUGGAAUUUAUGAAGGAAACUGGUUUUGCCCAUAUGAGAAUCUGUGACGGUGUUGGGUCUUAUCUUCAGUUAUGCGGCCUACUAGCCAAAUUAGCGCUGGUUCGUGAGACAGCGAAAGCAGCAUGAGCACACGCUGGUUGAACUUUAACAUUCUGCAAAUUGGAUUUUCUACUUUUGACAGGAAUCAGCGUACUUUUGAUGGUUAGUUAUGCAAAAAGUUAGGACUGGUAUGUAUUGGCAUUGCUCUGGAGGCUCAUGUAAAGCUAUGGAGCAAUUUUUGAUGUUAUGCAAUGCAAGCUUUAGUCACAUGACUUGGCAUGAUUUUGAAAUGCACUCGUCAUUCGGAUGGUAGACCUUGCUUUGUGUUGAAUGUAAUGUCUAAGGAGUUGCUCUCGUGGAAA